GGUACCUUAUUCUCUAUGUACUGAAAUAGUUUGACAAGGGUCCAUAAGGUCUCUAAACAUUCUCCAAACCUCUAUAUAACUGGAUCAGGCCUGGCUUGCAGACAGACAGGGUUGGCCCAGAGUUAGUUCCAAAUGUUACCUUAUUAUCUAUGUAUUGCACUACUUUGACAAGGGUCGCCCAUAGGGUGUCUAAAGGUUCUCCAAACCCCUCUCUCUCUUUCUCUCCCAAAAUGUAUUUAUUAAUGUGUACACUACCACGUAAAAGACGAAAGAACUCUCCUACGUUUGGGUGCAAGAACUACAAUUAAUGGUGAAACUACAUUUAACUUCUUGUCAAUUCAGAAAGUAAACCAAAUGUUCCUAAUUAAAAAACGCUGAAAUGGAAUCGACCCCAACCCUGGUAUGGAGCUAGCAACAUUCUAAAAACAUUUGAUAGCAAAUGGAGAUCAUUUACAGUUAACUGCCAAAAUUAAGGAAACACUACAAAAUAUUUUGAAAGCAGGUGCUUCCAAACAGGUGUGGUUCCUGAGUAAUUUAAGCAAUUACAACAUGUGAUUAUACAUAGGGUUAUGUAUACAAAUGCCCAGUUGCCCAUUGUUUCGUAUACCAUAACUGUGUUAUAGCUUUACACCCCCUUGCUAUAUUUUGCAUAAAGAGUUACCUCUCUAACAGAACCACAGAGGGUGUUUUUUAAUGGAAGCCUCUCUAACAUACUUCAGUUAGAAUCAGGAAUUCCCCAGGGCAGCUGUCUAGGCCCCUUACUUCUUUCAAUCUUUUAUAACGACAUGCCUUUGAGUAAAGCCAGUGUGUCUAUGUAUGCGGAUGACUCAACACUAUACAUGUCAGCUACUACAGCGACUGAAAUGACUGAAACACUUAACUAAGAGCUACAGUUAUAUUCAAAAUGGGUGGCAAGGAAUAAAUUAACCUAAAUAUUUCAAAACCUAAAAGCAUUGUAUUUGGGACGAAUCAUUCACUUAACUCUAAACCUCACCAAAAUCUUGAAAUGAAUAAUGUGGAAAUUGAGAAAGUUGAGGUGACUAAAUUGUUUGGAGUAACCCUGGAUUGUAAACGGUCAUGGUCAAAAUAUAUUGAUACAACAAUAGCUAAGAUUCAGAGGGGUUGGGUUAAAUGCGAAGACACAUUUCAGUGAAGGCAUUCAGUUGUACAACAGACUAGGUAUCCCCCUUUCUCUAAGAUUGGGCGAAGUCUCUCCAUAAUAAAGCGCUGCUCUGCCUUCUUAACAGCACUAUUAACAAGGCAAGUCCUACAGGCCCUAGUUGUCGCACCUAGACUAAUGUUCAGUCGUUUGGGCUGGUGCCACAGAGGGACUUAGGAAAAUGUGCAAUUGGCUCAGAACAGGGCAGCACGACUGGCCCUUGGAUGUACACAGAGAGCUAACAUUAAUAAUAUGCAUAUCAAUCUCUCCUGGCUCAAAGUGGAGAAGAGAUUGACUUCAUCACUGCUUGUAUUUAUGAGAGGUAUUGACAUGUUGAAUGCACCGAGCUGACUGUUUGAACUACAGGCACACAGCUCGGACACCCAUGCAUACCCCACAAGACAUGCCACCAGAGGUCUCUUCACUGUCCCCAAGUCCAGAACUGACUAAGGGAGAUGCACAGUACUACAUAGAGUCUUGACUACAUGGAACUUUAUUCCACAUCAAGUAACUCAUGCAAGCAGUAAAAUUAGAUUUAAAAAAAAAACAGAUAAAAAUGCACCUUGUGGAACAGCAGAGACUGUGAAUAGACACAAACAAAGGCAUAGACAUAUGCAUACACACACAAGAUAACAUACGCACGAUACACACACGUACACAUGGAUUUUGUGUUGUAGAUAUGUGGUAGUAGAGUAGUAUCCUGAGGGCACACACUUAAUGUGUUGUGAAAUCUGUUGUGACUGUAUUGUAAUGUUUUUAAAAUGUUAUAACUGCCUUCAUUUUGCUGGACCCCAGGAAGAGUAGCUGCUGCCUAGCUAAUGGGGAUCCAUAAUAAAUACAAAUACUAUGGCUAGAAGAAGAUGUCUCCGUGACUUUGAAAGAGGGGUCUCAAAGGAGAAUAGGGGGUUUAAAGUGUGUGUGUGUGUGUGUGUGUGUGUGUCAGUCACCAGAUCUCAACCUGAUUUAACACUUUUCGGAGAUUCUGGAGCGGCGCCUGAGACAACGUUUUCAACCACCAUCAAAAACCCAACGUUGCUGCCACGUCAUUUCAACCCAAAACUAAUUGGAUUUGCAAAAAGUUUGUAUCCUGUCAUCACUGCAGGCAAUACCGCUACAGUAGACAAUGACUUGGAGGAGCACCUCGUGUUUUGUCUAAAAGAACAAGAACAAGAAUCACUGACAUACUCUGAGAAGAGCCAGUCAAUGAGGAGGGCCCAGGCUCUGUCCUCUACUCUGGCUGCUGCCUCCAGACUCUCAGCCAUGAUCCACCAACCAGGGAAGGACCAGGUGUAUGCUAAUGCCAUGCUGGUGGACCAGGUGGAUGACCUGGAUAUAAAGUACCGUUCUCCAGUGGAGGAGGAGGUGAGCUCUGUGCCACAGAGGAACAGCCCUGCCUGGGACUCCUUCUUUGGAAGUCUCCCUGGCUCCACGGCUCCUCACAGGGACCAGGCCUUCCUCCUUUCUUCAUCUCCCUUGGCCUACCCCUUUCCUUUCUCUGGUGGUGGUAAUAGGGGGAGGAUCCAGCCGUCCGUCUCCCUCUCCUCUGGGCUCAGUCACAGAGGAACCAGUCGGCCUGAGAAGACCUGUGUACUGAGUUCCAGUCUGGAACCAGUAGAGUGUGACAGUUGGGAGGAGGACACCCUGUGCCAGUCUCCCCCCUCCCUCCCCAACUUUUCAUCUCCCUGGCAACGCUCUGACCUGCAUACUAGCUCUGGGGACGAGAGGGACUCCUUUGACAACUCGUCGAACUUCAACAGUACACACUCUAACAAUUCACACACACCUUCCAAGGAUCAGUCAGACCCACAGCUUCGUCUGCGCUCUUACUCCUACUCCUCCCCCAAGGCCCAGCUUUCACGCCCCCUGUUCACCCGAGAUGCAGCGAUCUCCGACCUGACAGAAGAGCAUAGAGACUUCAACCUGACUGAGACACCCAGAGAGAAGAGGGAUGUGGGUUUCCGUAAGAGGGCCCAGUCUGCAGAGGACGAAGGCAGCUUGUCAUCAUCAAUCCAACACCUCACCCUCUCAGAGUUCCUCAAAGAGAUUGAAGAUGAGGAGUGGGAUAAAUACAUAAUUCCCUCCAAGGUUGAGUCGGAGAAAUACAAAGUGAGCAGAACCUUCAGCUUCCUGAAGAGCAGGAUGUCCAGCCCACGUAACAAGAUCAAGGUGAAGGAGGGAAAAGAGAAGACUGGAAAGGAGAAGACAGGAGCAACUAACAUACACCAGUUUGUGCCAGUCUCUCCCUCAGGACCCUCUGGUCUGUCUGUAUAUGUGGCCUGUGACAAGCCUGUCCCUGGGAAAGAGUUGCUGCAGUGUACCAACUGCUCUCUGAGUGUCCAUAAGGGCUGUCGUGACUCGGCUGCAGCCUGUGGGAAGAGGCCUCUGGAGAAGAACGUGGCGAUGUUAAAGACCAAAUCUCUCCCACACAUGAUGAGGGAGGGUUCCCCUGCCUCACUCACCUCUUCCUCCUCCCUCCUCACGAUGCUGCCCCGAGGCAGAAAAUAUAUGACUGCUCCCCUAUCUAAGAGCCCCUCUGAGUCUACAGACAGGAGGCUGAGGGAUGCUAUGGGGGUCAGUGUGGACAGUGAUGUGUGGAACAGCUGCUCCCUUAAUGAAGAAGGGGUACAGGUCACAGGGACCGCCCCAUCCACAGACCACCAACUCACCACGCAGGAGUCGGUCGACACCCCCCUGCUCAGCGACCUAUCGGCUGACCUGUUGGGGUUUGAGGUGGAGUCCUGGAGUCUGGCCGUCACAACUGAGUUCUGCAGAAAACACGACAAACACACCGUCAAACGUCAGGAUGUCAUCUACGAGCUGAUGCAGACAGAGUUGCACCACAUCCAGACACUGACGGUGAUGUCCGAGGUGUUUCGUCGAGGGAUGCUGGAUGAGCUCCAACUGGACUGGGAGUGUGUGGCUCGCAUCUUUCCCUGUCUGGAUCCUCUCCUGCUCUUCCACAGGAAUCUCUUCGGAUCUCUACAGGAGCGGCGAUACGCUUCAGCCCAGCCAGGACACCCACACAACUACUGCAUCCACAGUAUAGGGGAUAUACUGUUGCAACAGUUCUCAGAAGACAACGCUGUGAAGAUGAAGCAAGUGUACGGAGAGUUUUGUAGUCACCACACGGAGGCUGUCAAAGUCUUCAAAGAGCUGCAGCAGCAGAACAAGAAGUUCCAGGUGUUUGUCAAACAACAGAGUAACAACUCUCUGGUCAGAAGAAGGGAGGUGCCAGAGUUCAUCCUGUUAGUGACUCAGCGCAUCACCAAGUACCCUGUACUACUGGAGAGGAUACUGCACUAUACACCCGAGGGCAGUGAGGAGCACACUGAGCUGUCGCAGGCACUCACUCAGGUGCGUGACAUCAUCACUGCAGUGGACAUGAGUGUGAGCAAGUACGAGAAAGCCCAGGAGCUGCAGGAGGUGUUGAGUCGCGUGGAGAACAAGAGCCUUUCCAAGCUGAAGAGCGGCGAGGUGUUCCGCAAGGACGACCUGCUAGGAAAACACCAACAGAGGGCGCUGCAGCACAAAGGACUUGUCUACUGGAAAACCGCUACGGGACGACUGAAAGACACCCUGGCUCUGCUACUGACUGACGUCCUGGUGUUCCUGCAGGAGAAGGACCAGAGACUCAUAUUUGCCGCCGUGGACCAGAAGCCCCCAGUCAUCCCUCUGCAGAAGCUAAUUGUGAGAGAGGUAGCCAAUGAGGAGAGAGGGAUGUUCCUAAUCUCUGCCUCCUCAGUGGGGCCUGAGAUGUAUGAGGUUCACACCUCCUCGAAAGAAGAGAGGAACGCCUGGAUGAGACACAUACGACGGGCCGUAGAGAGUUGUCCUGAGGAGGAGGAAGAGAGAAGUGUUGAGACUGAGGUCAGACGGAACACUGAGCUGAGAGUUCAGAAGAUCUACAAACUCCAAGAUACCCUGGCAAGUCAGGACCAGCGUAUCUGCAGGGGUCUGGAGGAGAAGCUACAACUGUAUGCCGAGCUGACAGAGUUAACCCUUCGUACACCAGAGCCCCUGCCACAGCACCACCUACUGGUCCAACCAGACCCUGACGCUCAGAUGCCACCGCAGACCACUGCACUACUCACAGCUGCACUCAAAGAGGCGGAGAAGCUGAUGUCUACCUUGCAGGCCAGUGAGGCCCCCACUGAGCCCAGCCACAGCCCCCCUGUCAGAGUCCCAGAGUACUGCAGCUACAACAGCCAUUGCAGGAUCCAGGAGUUACCCGCGGAGUUGGACUAUCUGAGCACGCUCAGAAGGAGCUCGGCCUCUCUGUUGUCGGAUGGCGAGUGGGCAGGGCCAGACACCAUCUUGUGGCACUCUAUAACCGAGCUGAGGAGAAGAGACACCAAUGGAACACCAAUGAAGGUGGCAGAGAGUGUCCUGAGCCUGACCCAGCUGCUCUACAGUCUGCAGGCAGCUGUGACCAUCCAGGACAGCUGCUAUGAGGUUCAAAAGCUCCUCCUACUGGAGCUAGAGCACCCGCUCCCACACACCCCCUCCUGUCUCCAUGGCAAUGGGGCCCAGGAGCAGGAGAAACAGCGGAGUGCUGAGAAGAAAAAGGAGGAGGUAGAGAGGAUGAGUGUGGAAAGGAGGAGAGAGGAGGUGGAGGGGAUUCAGAAGCUACAGGGGAGGCUGAGACAGGACCAGCAGCGCUGGGAGAGAGAGUGUCUGGCCAGGGAGAGACAACAGGGGGAGCAGGUGAGUCUGUUGGAGCAGCGUGAGCAACAGUGCCACCUGGAGGCUGAGAGGCUGCGCCGCGAGCGGGAAGAGCUGGAGCAGCAGCUGUUGGAGUACCAGCAGAACCUAGAGAGGCUGAGGGAGGGUCAGAGGAGCAUGGAGAGGGACAGGGACAUGGUGGAAGCUGAGCACAGGCUGCUCCAGAGCUGGAGACACAACCGCCAGAGCUCCCUGCCUAUUAUGAUAUUGCUGGACCUGGACCAGGUGUCCAACCACAGUCGGUCAGGCAGCCUGGACGGCAACGAGGCUGCUCUUCUCCAUUCCCUCCAACAGAAUCGUCUCCACCACAACCAGCACCAGAGCCUCCACUCUGGCCUGAGAAAGAGCCAGGACAGCCCCAAUCACAGCCCCAUCCAUAGCCCCAACCUGAGCCUCAGGCCCAGCCUCUAUAACAGCCUCAACACUCUGCUCAGCCAGGCCCACAGUAAACCAUCCACAGAAUCACUGACACACCAACACUAUGCUCACCCCCAGCACAGCCACCUCCAGUCAGGAAGCUCCCCAAACAACCCCUUUAGGAGCAGGUUCACCACAGGACAUGAGGGGCCCAACAACAACAAUUUCAGCCCUCCUCGGGACAGGCUGACCCUGGGGUUGUUGGGUUCAUUGGGGUCAGGGGUCACAAGCCUGGGUCUGUACGAGGAGAACUUCCCCGCCUCGGCAUCCUUCACUCCUCUGCUCACCCCACAGGCCUGCUUCUCUUUGAAUGGAAAGAACAAGGAGGAUGGGGGAGAGGAGAACAUUGUGUACCUCUGAAGAAUGACAAGACUGAUAGAGUGAUGGAAGAGAAGUGUGCAGUGGCCAACUGCCUAUCUGUACAUCUAUCAAUGUACCCCCUCUCUGCCUUUGUGUGCGUGUGUGUAAAUGUUUUUUACAAAAAAAUGGGAAUGCAGGGCCGUAACCAGGGUUUGAGUUUGUGAGGUCCGGAAGCGACGAAACAAAAAAGCAUUACAUUUUUAGCUGUAUUGUACUGUAUUGUUUGCAUUUUAAUGUAGGCCUUAAGGGACGAUAUGCCAUUUGAAUGUUUAUACUGAAACAUUUAAGUUCAUAGCUUGUUUGAUCAGAUUACUACAGAUUUUCUCAGGGGGCACCACUUUGGGCCUUGACCCCAACUUUAGGAACCACUGUACUAACAUCCCUCUCUCAUCUGCUUCCGCCUUGCAGCCUGCCUUAGCCUCGCAUCACUGUCUGUAUCAGUAGCUUACUCUAUAAAGCAAAGUUAUAACUUUUUUCUCCUGCUGAGGUAGGCUCCGUUUAACGUUAGCUUCUUACUUCAUCCUUCCAGCUGGCUAAGUAAAACUAGCCAGAGCCCUUCAACUUACUGCAAUAAGUCUUCGCCAGCAGAUGGCCACCUGACUGACAUACAAUAUCUAUAAGCGACUAUUUAUGUGCACUCAUUCUCUGAGAAUCGUUUUUUGUUUGGGGGAUGUCUGUAGACACGGCUGAAGUGCGGGACAGUUAAAUUACCUUAAGUCCGGCAUCUCGCAAACACUGUCUCUAGACUAGUUUCCUAUUGAGCCGAUUGCAAGCUGGGGUAGUUAAUUUCACGUCGCUCUCGGCCUGUGCCGCGAAAGGGCAGAGUUAACCGUUUGAGAGAGUGGAGAAUGGUUUGUCCAUUAUGUACACCUGGAUUUGCCUUUUUCACAGCACACUGUUCAUGAUUCCACUCAUUCACAAAGAGGCAGGCGUGAUUGGAACUCAAUCAGAUCAAUGAUAUAAGCAUUCUGGGCUUUGAUCAACACUGGGAGCAAUAUUUUGGUCCUCAUAUUUAGUUACUGCCAUUUCUUGGUCCCCAUAUUUAGUUACUGCCAUGACUAAAAGUAUGAUCUUUAAGAAAAUACAUGUGUAUAUAGCCAGGUUUUGAGUUCCUGUAUGUAAUCAGAAAUAAGAAAGCAUUUUGAUUUGUGGAAAUAUGUGCCUGUUCGUACACAUUGUUAGAAGUAAACCUGCCUGGAAGAUCCUUUUUGAGCGGAACCUUUCCAGUUCAAAGAGGUUGUUUGAGGAACCCCUCUUCGAGGAACCCCUGUGUAAAGGUUCGAACUGGAACCUUUUUGUGAUGGGAGGGGUUCAAUUCUGAAUCAAUUUAAUAAUAUAUGAUAGGGCCUCCCGAGUGGCGCAGUGGUCUAAGGCACUGCAUCUCAGUGCUAGAGGCGUCACUACAGCCCCGAGUUCGAUCACGGGCUAUAUCCCAAUCGGCCGUGAUCCGGAGUUCCAUAGAGCGGCCCAGCGUCGUUCGGGUUAGGGGAAGGUUUGGCUAGGGGCCUUUACGCGCUCUAGCGACUCCUUGUGGCGGGCCGGGCACCUGCAGGCUGACCUCGGUCAUCAGGUGAACGGUGUUUCCUCCGACACAUUAGUGUGGCUCGUUUCCGGGUGAAGCGGGCGGGUGUUAAGAAGAGCGGUUUGGCGGUUCAUGUUUCGGAGGACGGAUGACUUGACCUUCGCCUCCAGAGCCUGUUGGGGAGUGGCAGCGAUGAGACAAGUUUGAAAUUAGGGAGAAAAAGGGGGUAAAAUACAUAUAUAUUUUAUAUAUAUUGUAUAUAUAUUGUAGAGGUUGCAGCCUCUUUGAAGAUUGGAUGUGUGGUUUAAGAUAGUUAUUUUUAGGCACCCAUGAGUUUAAAUGUCAUUCCUGUUCAUCAUGUUAAGUUUGUACAUUUCAAAUUUCCUUCAAUAUUUAUGCAUGUUACAUAUUCUAAUAUAAUAUUAAUAAGAAUUUCAUAAUAAUAAUAUAAACAUAGCUGAUUACAUAUUGUAAUACAUUGUAACUAUUCCAACUUUGGGAAUUGCAUAGGCUCUCAAGGAACUCCUAAAUCUCUGUAAGCCUCAUUGAAGCUACAAAACUGUCAGUGUUCAACUUUAACGUGUGAUGACAAUAGAUCAGAACAGAUGAACAGGAAUGACAUUUAAAAAAUAUAUACAUGUUAUCGCCACGACCUAAGUAAGCCACGCCUCCACUACAUGGUUCCUCCAGGAACCUGUUGUCACAUUGCAACGUUAAAGGUUCCUCCAAGGAUCUUUUAACUAACCAAAGGUGCAAAUAUGAACCAUUGACUAGCAAUGAUUCCUUGAGGAACUCCAGGUGAUUCUUGAGGAUCUCCGGGGUUCAUCGAGUCGCCAUUAAUUCUAGGAGUGCAGUAUGUGUUUUUUUGUAAGUAACCCUCUUUUUAGUGGAUACUCAAACCAAUUUUCCUUUGUACCCAAAAGCUCCUCAAAACUAUAGGUAUUUUAAUUUGGUGCGCUUUGUGUUAUUGUGCUUCCCUUGUCAAAACUAGUUGCACUUUUAUGAUGGUCUAAAUUUCCCUCGUUGAAAUACAGGGAUGCAGGGCACUCCCAUAAGAGUGUUAAAGGUGUAGUUUGUUCAAAAAGUAUAUUUGAGUAUUUUGUUCACUAAUCAGCUGUUAAGUUUUCAAGAUAAAGCACUUUCAGUGCACCGCAAAAAAAUGUAAUACAUUUUUUUACUGAUGACAUGCACAUUUUGGGGGGAGUUUUGGGGAUCUCUUUGAGUUGUUAUAUACUAGGGGCAUUGGGAAGAUGUUUGGGGGUGGGGGGUGCUGCAAAACAAAAAAGUUUUUGCAUGCUGUCACGAUCGUGUGGAGGAUUGACGGACCAAAACGCAGCAUUAGGAAAAUAAGCCAUCUUCCUUUUUAUUAUGAAGAAGGAGAACCGAAAACAAAACACUAUACAAAACAAACAAACGACCGUGAAGCUAUGAACGUAGUGCACAUACAGGCUACAAACGUAUAACAUAGACAAUUACCCACAUCAAACGAAAGCCUAUGGUUACCUUAAAUAUGGCUCCCAAUCAGAGACAACAGAAAUCAGCUGUCUCUAAUUGGGAACCCAUUCAGGCAACCAUAGACUCUCCUAGACAACUACACCAACAUAGACACAGCUAGACACAUACACUCAACACAAACCCAUACACUACACCCAACACCCCCUUUACCAUAUAACCACCCAAAACCGAUAAAACACAAACAUUCCCCAUGUCACACCCUGACCUAACUAAAAUAAUAAAGAAAAACAAGAAUACUAAGGCCAGGGCGUGACACAUGCGCUAUAGAUGGCUAUAUCGGUCCCCUAAUACAGGACUAGCAAAGUGGAAAUGUUUAUUAAUAUUUUAAUUUUUAUCCAGAUCUGCAGCACCCUCAGCACCCAUACUCUACUAUGUGCCAAAUGUCCAUUGUCAAAAUGUAGUUUGUUUAAUAUACGUUGCUUAUUACUCUAAAGAGAAAUACAGAUGACAUGUAUGUUGGUUUAUUUUUAGUUGGUUUGUUUGUUAUUUAUUGUCACGUAUUCCUGCACUGUCAGAGGGGUUGGGUUAAAUGCGGAAGACACAUUGUAUAAUGUUAUGUUUUUGUUGAUGUUGUGUAAUAUGGAUGUCUUCCCCCUUAAGUUGUAAUAUAUGUAUAAUUGAAAGAAA